AAAUGGGAAACACUGCAAGUUCUUAUUUCUAUAAAGAAAAAGGAGACACCUCUGACAUCCAAAUAUCAAUUAGCUCUAUUAUCUCAUCUAUUAUCGAUAACCUUCAACAAUACAACAACCCUAUCAUUCCAAUAUCAUGUUUCCCUUCAUCUAUUUACGCAAAGUUACAAAAAUCUCUCCAACAAUCUGAACGUAAGAAGCCAGCAAAAUAUAGAGAAAGAAACCCGGCUUUUAGCAGCAAUCUCCAUGAGAAAAUAG